CUCUCUCUUCUACCUCAGCACACAGCAUGCCUGCUCCUGUUUCUGGCCCACGCACCCUUUACGACAAGAUCUGGGACGAUCACGUCGUCGACGUCAAUGACCAAGGAUUGACUCUCCUCUACAUUGAUCGUCACCUUGUGCACGAGGUGACGAGCCCUCAGGCCUUCGAAGGACUGAGGAAUGCAGAGCGUGCUGUUCGUCGUCCCGAUUGCACCCUCGCCACAGUAGAUCAUAACGUUCCUACCCACUCGCGGAAAAACUUCAAGGCGAUUGAUAGUUUUGUGGACGAGCCGGAUUCUCGAGCACAGUGCAUUGCCCUGGAAGAUAAUGUUAAGGAGUUUGGUUUGACAUACUUUGGCUUAACCGACAGGCGGCAGGGCAUUGUUCACAUCAUCGGUCCUGAACAAGGAUUUACACUUCCCGGAACGACCGUGGUUUGCGGUGAUUCGCAUACCUCAACCCACGGUGCUUUUGGCUCUCUUGCCUUCGGUAUUGGUACUUCCGAAGUCGAACAUGUUCUUGCAACCCAGACGCUUCUGCAGAAGAAGGGCAAGAACAUGCGGAUCAGCGUUGAUGGUCAGUUGGCUGAAGGUGUCACAUCCAAGGAUGUUAUCCUCCAUAUCAUCGGUCUCAUUGGCACUGCCGGAGGCACCGGUUGUGUCAUCGAGUAUGCCGGCUCUGUAUUCCGCGGUUUCAGCAUGGAGGCACGCAUGAGUGUCUGUAACAUGAGUAUUGAAGCCGGUGCUCGUGCUGGCAUGGUCGCUCCCGACGAUAUCACCUUUGCAUACCUCAAGAACCGACCACUUGCCCCGAAGGGCGAGGCUUGGGAUCGUGCAGAGGCCUAUUGGCGCAGUCUGAAGAGUGACGAGGGAGCUAAAUGGGAUGCCGAGAUUAAUAUCAAGGCUGAGGACAUCCCACCCACCGUCACCUGGGGGACCUCUCCUCAGGAUGUCGCCCCCAUCACUGGCGUUGUUCCCGAUCCUACCAUCAUCACCGACGCCACCAAGCGCUCGUCUAUCGAGCGUGCCCUCUCUUACAUGGGUCUCCAGCCUGGCACAAAGAUGGAAGACAUCUCUCUUGACAAGGUUUUCAUUGGAUCGUGCACUAACAGUCGCAUUGAGGACCUGCGUUCUGCUGUCCGAGUCAUCCUUGCUAUGGGCCCAGACGCAAAGGUGGUGCCGACUGUCCAGGCUAUGGUCGUCCCGGGCUCUGGUCUCAUCAAACAGCAGGCCGAGGUCGAAGGUCUAGACGCCGUUUUCAAGCGCGCUGGAUUUGACUGGCGCGAGGCUGGCUGUUCCAUGUGCCUAGGCAUGAACCCUGAUCAGCUUUCGCAUGGCGAACGGUGCGCAAGUACCAGUAACCGAAACUUUGAGGGUCGUCAAGGUGCAGGUGGACGCACACACCUCGUCAGCCCUGCGAUGGCCGCCGCCGCCGCCAUGACAGGCAAGCUGACCGACGUCCGAAAGCUUCUGAAUGCCGACGCCGACGCCAAGAUCGCCGCUGGCCCAAAACUCAAGCUUGCCAGUGCAUUUGAUUUCCUGACGGACCCCGUUCUUCCUGCCCCCAAGCCCCAGACGCUGUCCCACGCUCAAAACGCGUCCGAUUCUGCAUCACUGCCUCCUGCUACGGCACCCUCUGCUGUUGCUCCGUUUGUCAUUGUGAAGGGCAUCGCUGCUCCUCUGCACGUUGAGAACGUCGAUACGGACAAGAUCAUUCCUAAGCAGUUCUUGAAGACCUUGAAGCGGAAUGGUCUCGCGGACGCCCUGUUUUAUGAGCUUCGUACUGACACGAAAACGGGCAAGAAGACUGACUUCGUACUAAACCGCGAGCCCUACACCCAGGCCAAGAUCCUCGUCUGCACGGGGAACAACUUUGGCUGCGGUAGCUCCCGUGAGCAUGCUGCCUGGAGUCUUAACGAUUUCGGAAUCCGCACCGUGAUUGCGCCUAGCUUUGGUGAAAUAUUCCAGAACAACGCCAUGCAGAACGGCAUGUUACCUGUCCAGGUGCCUGUGGGAGAUGCAAAGGACUUGGCUUCAGAUGCCGAAGCUGGGCUUGAGCUGGAGGUUGACCUCGAGAAGAUGGAAGUCCGCCGCUUGAACGGCAAGCCUCCAGUGCCGUUCAUGGUUAACCCCUUCCGCCGGCAUUGUUUGCUCAAUGGUUUGGAUGAUAUUGCGCUGACUCUGCAGAAAGACGAGUCCAUCGUCUCCUUUGAGCAGCGUCGGAGUGGUGCCUGGCCAUGGCUGGAUGGUCUAGGCUACAAAGGUGGCAAGAUACCCGUCGCGCCUGCCAAGGUAUCCAAAAAAAUGGAUUGGUAAAGACGGCGACGCAGCUGUAUCAUAUUGUUGUAUUAGUGGUACAUGUUUUUUGUAUAAUAGAACAAGAUCCUCUGGAGCUAGGUCAAGUCAAUCGCCAAUAAU